GUCCGAUGAUGGGCCCCAGUAGCGGGCCCGCCGUGUAAGCCGCCAUGGCGAUGCCUCGCGAUUCCGGACGCACGACAUCGGCAACCGUUCCUGCACCCAGAGCAAGUGGACAACUACCAGCAAAGCCCGCUAGUAGUCGAAACACAAUCAGAGAUGCAAGACUGGGGGCUAUGGCGCAGCAUAUUGUAAAGAUGACGAAAAAGACACACGACACAAUGUACACCGGUGUACGGCCGUAGAUUUCAGAAAGUGGUGCAAUACCCAGUGGUCCAAAAGCAUAGCCAAUAACAAAAACUGUAAGUGUAAAAGAUCCAAUCGAGGUAUUCUUAGACCCAAAGUCGUGGAUAACCUGUGGAAUGCCAGGGGCAAAGACCGACGAUGACAGCGAGCUAGCGCGUCGUUAGCGUCGAUUUUGUUGUAAAACGGUCUUUAAGAAAGCAUACCUGAGUAAUGUAAGGAUAGAGACCAAAGAUACAACUACUGUCUUCUUCGAAGUCGUCCAGUUUAGCGGAUUCAUAGGGUCAUCAGGACCCUCAAAGUCGACCACAUCUGGAUCGGGGACCGUAGACAGCACACUCUUCUCGACAUCUGUAUCCGUCACAGUGCUCUGCUGCUGUUGCUGCUCCAAGUCAGCCGAUGAUGACGCCAUCCUUGUUGCAAGAGAGAUGCGGCAAUGAACCGAGCAUGCUGGCCAUUGUUCGAUGAGGGCGGUGGCGCAUAUAAGUAGCGGUUAGAGAUAUUCAUUAGACAAAAUCAGGCUGGGCCGUGGCGGACGGGUUGUUUUCAGCUGUGCGCAGCUAAAUUUCUGAAUCCUUAGGAAAUAGCUGGUAAUAAUUGGUCACAGUCAAGGACACUAGCGCUGCUGGUGUGGUUCGGAGAAGUUCCGAGGCUGCGCGUGUGGCCCGAGGCCGAAGCCGAGAGAGUAGGUUGGCGGCAAAAUCAGUGUGAAAUAAAUUAUUCGCACUCAUAUAAUUAACCCAAUGAUGUUUUUCAAGCCGCAUAAAGGGGUUUUGUUUGCCAAAGUUCGGUCAAAGGCUUUGGUAUGCUGCCAACGGCUGUCGCCCGAUACAAUGCAACGGUGGGCCGAGCGCUUACACCGAGUAGCAAAGCUUCAUGCGGUUAGCAAUGGAAUGGCGAGAGAACGUAGUGAAGGUAGAAAAGCAGCGCUUGCCCAUACUAUCGGAACAUAUUGUCCCGCAUCGCAUAGCAGGAGUCAGGAGAGUCACGUCUGAGCCGCCCUUUGUUUCCCUUUCCAGCUCAGCAGCAACCCAACCGAACCCCUAACGAAGUUGAGUCAUUGCGAUUCCUACCCUUUUGCUCAGCCCUGCUGGUCGCCCCAUCUCAUAUCCAUGCCCAGUGCCUGCCGGUGCCGGGACACUGAACACUGGCUGGACCCCUUCGCGCAAGGUAUUUCCGCCCGUAACCAGCCGCACCGCCACGCCCCCAGUGGCAGCCGCAAAAGAACCUUUCGGCGAUCGGGUGGAGAAAUACGAUGGAUACGGCUGAGGUGCGAAUAGUACGGCGAGCGAGCGACGCAACGGUGCCUGGUCGGGCGGAGGCGGCUAAUAUGGCCAUCGCCGACGUCAUACCAGCUGGGCGUUGGAGAAGCGAGGGGUCAUAGUUUUGGAGAAAGCUAUAAGAAGCUCCUCUCUCCGAGUCCUCUGGUAUUUUUUUGUCGAGUAAAUCAUUCGCUCUCGCUUUUGCAGUGACGCCUUUUGCCACGAAAAAAACAACUACCACAAAGCACAAUACAAAAGCACAUCAUGUCGCCAACAACUAAGAAAGGCCCUCAGCCUCCAUUCGAUGAGCCGGCCAAUAUCCCUCCGCAGCUAUCCGACUUGCACUGCUUCACUGAGACACAAGGCGUUGUUACUACGACAAUGAACGACCUUCCCGGAUACAAAAUCGAGCAGGUGCUCGGCACCGUAUACGGCAUCACUGUCCGAUCGCGUAAUAUUGGCGCCUCACUAGCCAUGGUCUUCAAGUCUUUUGCGGGUGGUGAGCUGCGCUGGUUCACAAGCAUGCUGUACAGCUGCCGCAACGACUCCAUCGCGCGCGUCGUGGAUGAGUGCAAGGCGCGCGGAGGGAAUGCGAUUAUUGCCCUCCGCUUUGAUGCGAGCGAGUCUGGUGGUUUUGCCCAGACAGCGGCAUAUGGUACAGCGGUCAAGGUAGUCAAGAUUGACGAGCAGGUGAACACCCCACCACAGUUGGUAUAG